CCCAGACGGUCCGGUCCGCGGUCAGGACGCCGGGCGCCGCCGACAUGCUGCCCCGCGGCCCCCGCGCGCUGCUGCUCUGCGCGCUGCUGGGCGUCCUCCAGGCCCAGCAGCAGGAGCUCGUCUCGCCCGGCCCCGCCGACAGAGGCAGCAGCUGCCCAGAGAAGGCGGACUGCCGCGUGAACGUGUACUUCGUGCUGGACACGUCGGAGAGCGUGGCCAUGCAGUCGCUCGACAGCGCGCUCUACCACAUGCGCGAGUUCGCGCGGCAGCUCGUGAGCCAGCUGCAGGACGAGCUGUACCGCGGGCAGGUGGCGCUGAGCUGGCGCCAGGGCGGCCUGCACUUCUCCGACCGCGUGCGCGUCUUCAGCGAGCCCGACAGCGACCGCGCGACCUUCCUCAACCGCCUGGACACCAUCGACUCGUUCCGCCGCGGCACCUUCACGGACUGCGCGCUGGCCAACAUGAGCGAGGUGCGGCGCCACCCCAGCCCCGCCGCCGCGCGCUUCGCCGUGGUCAUCACCGACGGCCACGUCACCGGCAGCCCGUGCGGCGGCGUCAAGCUGCAGGCCGAGCGCGCGCGCGAGGAGGGGCUGCGCCUGUUCGCCGUGGCGCCCAACCAGCACCUGCGCGAGCAGGGCCUGCGCGACAUCGCCAGCGCCCCGCACGAGCUCUACCGCGCCGCCUACGCCGUGAUGCGGCCCGACUCCCCCGCCAUCGACCAGGACACCAUCAACCGCAUCAUCAAGGUCAUGAAACACGAGGCCUACGCAGAGUGCUACAAGGUGAGCUGCCUGGAGCUCCCCGGGCCGGCCGGCCCCAAGGGCUACCGCGGACAGAAGGGUGCCAAGGGCAACAUGGGUGAGCCCGGAGAGCCAGGACAGAAGGGACGACAGGGAGACCCCGGCAUCGAAGGCCCCAUCGGAUUCCCGGGACCCAAGGGUGUUCCUGGCUUCAAAGGAGAGAAGGGGGAGUUUGGAGCCGACGGGAGGAAAGGGCGCGUCCGGCUGGCCGGCAAGAACGGGACCGAUGGACAGAAGGGCAAGCUGGGCCGCAUCGGACCUCCCGGCUGCAAGGGCGACCCCGGGAGCAGGGGCCCCGAUGGCUACGCAGGGGAAGCCGGCAGUCCUGGCGAGCGGGGAGAACAAGGCACCAAGGGGGACCCUGGCCGCCCAGGACGCAGAGGCCCCCCGGAGACAGCGGGGCCAAAGGCAGCAAGGCAAGGCUACCAAGGCAACAACGGCUCCCCCGGCAGUCCCGGCGUGAAGGGGGCCAAGGGCGGGCCCGGGCCCCGAGGACCCAGAGGCGAGCCUGGGCGCCGAGGAGACCCUGGAACCAAGGGUGGUCCCGGCAGCGAUGGCCCCAAGGGAGAGAAGGGGGACCCUGGCCCCGAGGGGCCCCGGGGUCUGGCCGGAGAGAUCGGCAACAAAGGCGCCAAGGGAGACCGCGGCCUGCCUGGACCCAGAGGCCCCCCAGGCGCCCCGGGAGAACCCGGCAAGCAGGGAUCUCGGGGAGACCCCGGUGACGCCGGUCCCCGCGGUGACUCCGGACCGCCAGGCCCCAAGGGAGACCCCGGCAGGCCGGGAUUCAGCUACCCAGGACCGCGCGGAGAGCCCGGGGAGAAGGGAGAGCCCGGCCCGCGAGGCCCCGAGGGCGGCAGAGGCGACUUCGGGGUGAAGGGACAGCCCGGGAGGAAAGGCACCAAGGGCGAGCCUGGAGACCCCGGCUCCCCCGGGGAGCCCGGCCCGCGCGGACCAAGAGGAGCUCCGGGACCUGAGGGACAGCCCGGGCCCCCCGGAGACCCCGGCCUCACGGAGUGCGACGUCAUGACCUACGUGCGGGAGACGUGCGGCUGCUGCGACUGCGAGAAGCGCUGCGGCGCGCUGGACGUGGUGUUCGUCAUCGACAGCUCGGAGAGCAUCGGCUACACCAACUUCACGCUGGAGAAGAACUUCGUCAUCAACGUGGUCAACAGGCUGGGCGCCAUCGCCAAGGACCCCAAGUCGGAGACGGGGACCCGCGUGGGCGUCGUGCAGUACAGCCACGAGGGCACCUUCGAGGCCAUCCAGCUGGACGACGAGCGCGUGGACUCGCUGGCCAGCUUCAAGGAGGCCGUCAAGAACCUCGAGUGGAUCGCGGGGGGCACCUGGACGCCCUCGGCCCUCAAGUUCGCCUACAACCAGCUCAUCAAGGACAGCCGGCGCCAGAAGACGCGCGUGUUCGCCGUGGUCAUCACGGACGGCCGCCACGACCCGCGCGACGACGACCUGCACCUGCAGGCGCUGUGCGCGCCCGACGUGACGGUCACGGCCAUCGGCAUCGGCGACAUGUUCCACGAGGGGCACGAGAGCGAGAGCCUGACGUCCAUCGCCUGCCACAAGCCGCAGCACGUGCGCAGCAUGACGCUCUUCUCCGACCUGGUGGCCGAGAAGUUCAUCGACGACAUGGAGGACGUGCUGUGCCCGGACCCGCAGAUCGUGUGCCCGGACCUCCCGUGCCAAACAGAGCUGUCGGUCGCCCAGUGCACGCAGCGGCCAGUGGACAUCGUGUUCCUGCUGGACGGCUCCGAGCGGCUGGGCGAGCAGAACUUCCUCAAGGCACGGCGCUUCGUGGAAGAGGUGUCCCGGGAGCUGACGCUGGCGCGCAGGGACGACGACCCGCUCAACGCGCGCGUGGCCCUGCUGCAGUUUGGGGGCCCGCUGGAGCAGCAGCUGGCCUUCCCGCUGACCUUCAACCUGACGGCCAUCCAGGCGGCACUGGAGAACACGCGCUACCUCAACUCCUUCUCGCACGUGGGCGCGGGCAUCGUGCACGCCAUCAACCACGUGGUGCGCGGCCAUCCGGCCGGGGCGCGCAGGCACGCGGAGCUGUCCUUCGUGUUCCUCACGGACGGCGUCACGGGCAACGACAGCCUGGAGGAGGCGGUGCACUCCAUGCGCAAGGAGAACGUGGUGCCCACCGUGGUGGCCGUGGGCGGCGACGUGGACGCCGACGUGCUGGCCAAGAUCAGCCUGGGCGACGCGACCGCCGUCUUCCGCGAGAAGGACUACGACAGCCUGGCGCAGCCCGGCUUCUUCGACAGGUUCAUCCGCUGGAUCUGCUAGCGCCGCGGCGUGCUGCCGCGGGGCCCUGUCUCCUCCAGGCGGCGGGACCCCAACCCGGCUCCCUGGCCGCCCAGCCCCCCACCUCCUCUCCCACCCGCAGCACUGCAGGCCCCGCACCCCGGCGCACCUCCCCGCGGUGCCCGCAGGAGCCGGCACCCCCGCCUCCCAGGCAUGCUGGGGCGCCUCGGCCUCGCCAGCGGGGCUCGCACCGGGCAGACUCAGCUGUGCGCGCAGGCCCCGCGCGCCCGUCCCUAGACCCAAUAAAGGCUUUGACCGCCUGC